AACUCAUGCUACAUAUAAACACAAGUCACCGACCAUCUCUUUCCUCUUAAAUAUAUAUUUUUUUUCAUGUAUAUCGUUGAGUUUCCGUUCUUUCACUUUUCAUUCUUUCUUCACAAAACCCACCCAAAAAAUUUGGAGCUUAGUUCAAUUCCCAUUUCUAAUUUCCAUGAAAAAGAGUCUUUUUUAAGUACAAGUUUUAAUAUUGUUAAUCUCUUUUGAUUUUACAUGAUUUAUUAAUUAUCAAACUCAUGAAAUUUUCUUCCAAAUUUGAAUUUCUGUACAAUUAGAAACUAUAGAGUAGAAGGGUGAGGAAGAGAAAAAUGAGGACACUUUGUGAUGUUUGUGAAGGUGCUGCUGCCAUUUUCUUCUGUGCUGCUGAUGAGGCUGCGCUUUGCCGUGCUUGUGAUGAGAGGGUCCACAUGUGUAACAAGCUUGCUAGUCGACAUAUACGCGUCGGACUUGCUGCCCCUAAUGCGGUACCAAAAUGUGACAUUUGUGAAAAUGCUCCUGCUUUCUUUUACUGUGAGAUCGAUGGGAGUUCCCUUUGCCUGCAAUGCGACAUGGCUGUUCAUGUUGGUGGUAAAAGAACUCACAGACGAUAUCUUUUGUUGAGACAGAGAGCAGAGUUUCCAGGGGAUAAUGGGCAUGUUGAAGGCACAGGCUUACAACAGGCUGAUCGAAUGGAAGUUAGGACGGAACUGAAUCAAUCAUCAAACACAAUUGUGCGAGAGAAAGAGCAGAAUCAUGUAGUUUUUGUAGAUGGGAACGAUGUCCCUGAAGCUCCAAUAAUGGAUAAAAAAAUGAUUGAUCUUAAUGCCCGACCCCAAAGAAGUAUCCUGAAGUCUUUCAACCACCAGACACAGGGAAUAGAUGACGUUCCUGGGUCUAAUGGUGAUUCGGCAUGCAUUGUUCCUGUUAGAUCUUUUAAAAGCGAGCCUGAGAAAUGAGCCAGGUAAUUUUUACGAACCACUCGCAUGAUUGAUCACAUACCUCUGGCUCUCUCUUUGAAGGGGUACAGGUAUGGAUUGUCCGUCACCUUUCCUCACCCAGACGGCCAGACCCUACUUUCGAGCGUGAUAUUGGAUUGAUUAUGAUGAUGAUGAUGUUUCGUAUGAUUGACGUGUUUUCACAUGGAAUCAUGGAUUUUUAAUCAUUUGGAAUUAUGACUUAUAAACGAAUUUGACUACAAUCAAUAAAUCAAACUAACGUCUACUUUUCAUACCCUUCAAUAUGCCCUGAAUCAAACUCAAUGAUUCAUCAAAUUACAUGUAUUACUCGUUUGUUCCCUUUAGCUUCACGACAAAUGCGUCUGUAUUUUCUGGCGUUGCAAUUUUUAAGGAUGAUCCCGAUAUCCUAUUGUCUUUUUGUGAUUGCAAAAUGCUUUCAUUUCAGGUAAAGUGUGUUGUUUCUAGGGACUACAGAGUUGAAGCUUAAUCUUGCAUGUAAGAAAAACCAAAAUCAUAGGCUUGUCGGCAUGUUGCUUAGCCGCCAACGCCAUACUCCUUGUGGAGAAAAUCCAAUGCUUAGCAUGUACCGAGUGCUUUUCGUACGAGCUUCCUUUGGCCCGCCAUUCGUUUUUUACGAUCAUCGAACUAAUUAUUCGAUGGUGUUCAAGUACAGAAUUGCACAGGUUGAAACCACACAUGUGAUGUGAAUGUAAGUGAGUUGUUGUUGUAACUCCCUCACUAGGGAACUACUCCUCAGUCCGACUAUCGACGCACCGGAAAAGUUGUUUUGAGAUGAAAAAUUGUUUGAAUUUGUAAGUAGUUUUACUAUUUUUUUUUUCUCUUAAUGUAUGUAGUUCUCAGAUUCGUUGCCUAACAAGUAUUGAAGUGUUUAGCUCCUGGAAGGAGAAGUUUAUAAAAUAUAAAUGUAUUCAAUCGACUGUAACCCUAUUAGCAUAUAGCUCUGAUACGUACAAUUUUUUUUUAUUUUGUUGUAUUUUUUUCAAUUUAUUCUUUUUUUAAAAUUUUUUAUUUUGUUA